AUGCGUCGAUUGUUGUGUUUGUUAUUUGCCGUGACUGCAAAUUGUGCUUCGCAUUGCAACACAGAGCCUUUGUCACUUCCUAUCCGCGAUGUCCAAGUUCUUCCCAAUGUCGAAAAGUCUCUCAUGAAAGGAAUCCCUGCAACUAUCGGUUCACCAAGUCAAAACAUUGUGCUUCUACCUUGGGCAGAGUUGAACAACACUUGGAUCUACGAUGACCAACCCUACUGCGACAAAACAGUUAUAUGGAACGACCGAAUUUGCGAAAUCAGGAGAGGUGGGCUUUACGACGAGGCCGAAUCGAAAUCUUUCACAAAAGCGAGCGACAUUGGAGAUGCACGAGGUUCCACGAGUGAAAUAGCCUUUGAGGGUGCAGAAACUGGAAUAAAGAAACUCGUCUCUACCAGUCUCGCCGGCACCGACAACAUUACAAUAGAGGGAGCACCAGCUGUCGAGGAUCUACCAAUUGGGAUACCACGUCUUAAAUGGGAUGCAGGCUACACAAUGCUCCAUCCGCUUGGUUUGGGCUCAAAUUCAACAUACCUCAACGCCCUCAAAGAGGCUGGCAAAAUCAGUUCAAGGGUCUGGUCAAUAUUUUGGGGGAGGAUGUGGGUAAAGACUCCUAUUGAUGGUUCACUGGUGUUGGGCGGAUAUGAUGAGGAAAAGGUAAUCGGAAAGAAUUAUACAGCACCUCUUGUCUAUGACGAUUAUACAGGCACUGCAGGUUGCUGGACCGGGAUGAAGAUUACCAUAUCCGACAUUAGAGUCAACUUCCGCGAUGGAUCUGACGAAAGCAUCUUUCCGUCCAACACAGCUCUACCAUGUUGCAUUGUCCCUCAGAGACAACUUCUUCUCGAGGCACCUGGUGCAUACGUCUCCAGAUUUGAAGAGGUGACUGGUAGCAAUCAUACCGACACUUCGUAUGGCCUCCACUGGUCAGCCCGUCUAUUCGAUGCCGAUGACGUGUUUGAUGGCGACAUCACUUUCCAUCUUGACUCCGGUCUUCAAGUCAGGGUACCGAAUGAUCAAUACAUUGUCCCUUUCGUCGACAUUGAUAGAAGUGGUGCUCGAGUCACAAAACCAAAAACAAAGGAGCUCUUGAUGAAUGGCGUUGCACACCAACCGGCUACCCUCGGCCGAUACUUUCUUACUGCUGCAUACCUCAUGGUGAAUCACGAUGCAGGAACAUUCACUCUAUGGCAAGGUAAUCCUACUCAAAGAAGCAAGUUGGUAAAGGUAUUCGAUCAAGACACGGCCGAUAAAUGUGGCAAGGACGCCACCGGUAUAGUGCAAGCAACAGUAAGCGCAACUCCAAAAGAAGAAAAGGAGGAAGAAUCAGCAGAUGAACCGGAAUCAUCGUCUUCUCCCUCGGCAGCGAUCAUUGGUGGCGCAGUAGCUGGUGGUGUAGUUGGAGUGGCAGUGAUCUGUCUAGCAGUAUUCUUCAUCCUGAGGCGAAGGAGAAAGGGCAGGGCGGAGACUUCACAUCCGACUGAUGUACAGGUACAUGCUGACAAGGGAGACUCUCAAACAUGGUGCCCUCCUCAAGAGAUGGCAGGAUCUAAACCAAUGCCCGCAGAGAUACAAGGGCAGUCACAUUUUGUUUAUGAGUUGGAUGGUGGUGCGCGCAAAUCCCGAAUAUGA